UCCUUUCUUGAGAGCGUUAGCCUCCCUUUUCCCAGUCCCUCGAAUGCUACUUCUGACGGACAGAUGCCCUGGUGACGUAAAGCAUUCGGGUGUAGUUUUUACUGAAGAAAACAGACCUCUACUAAUUCGCUUUGCAAAACGAACGUCGGCUCACUUAAGGUAAAAGCGAACUAUUUUUUGUCAUGAUUGCACCGUGACAAAAUGUGUGCAGAUGUGUCUGCAGUCCACUCGUAAGGGGAGGAGGAUACCAUACAUCUCCACAUAUUGUUCACGACACUGGGAUAUGGAUCGGCGCUUGGGAUCGGCUAGAAUGGCCAUCAGCAUCAAAUGACAAAAUGGGCUUUUUCCUUCGUCUGUGUCUUAUUCUGGAAAUUGAUUUAAAAUUACAGCAUGUUAAUGCCAAGGGCAUCGUCAUCUUGCCAUGGACUUUUCUUCAGCAAGAGAUUCAUAUACAUGCCAGAUUCCGGCACCUGCAAGCAUCACCUCUUUGACAAUAUGAUGCUCUGAACUGAUCACAUGGGAAUACCAUGUACAACUCAACUUAACCUAAACCUCAAGCCUAAACUCAACAGUUAGUUUUUUGAAAUGUAAAGCAGUUAACGAAGCUAAUGUGAAAGAUGGACGUGGACAACUUUGGAAGAUGGGUUGCAUCUGUCGAAAAUGGGACGGUCAACCUCACCGCUUCUGCCAAUACCCAGAUAAAAGUCCCAAACACCUCGCUCCAGAUGGAUCCUUGGGAAGAAAUACAUUCAACUGAGGUGACACGUUUGGAGAACCGCUACUUCAUUCAAGAACAAACCUACCGAGACUUUACCACUACCGUACAGAUUCUUAUCCUUAUCGGGUCUCUACUGGGCAAUGCUUCAGUGCUGUGGUGCACCUGCUACACCAAUGUCUUCAAGCCCGUCACCGGGCGCUUCAUCAAGAACCUGGCGUGCUCGGGCGUCUGCGCCACACUGGUGUGCGUGCCCUUUGACCUGCUGCUGGGCAGCAGCCCACACUGCUGCGGGUGGCUCCGUGUGCUCUUUCUCUGCAAGGCCGUCAGGUUCCUGCAGCGGCUCUUCUGCUCCGUCACUGUGCUCAGCUUCACCGCCAUCGCGCUGGACAGAUACUACUCGGUGUUGUACCCUUUGGAGCGGAAGAUAUCUGAUGCCAAGUCCCGAGAUCUGGUCAUCUACAUCUGGGUGCAUGCCGUGGUGGCGAGCGCGCCCGUGCUGGUUGUCACCGACGUCACCGACAUCUAUGCCACGUCUUCUUGCUUGGCCAGGCCGAGCCACACCCUGGGUCACUUGGUGUACGUGGUGUCGUACAACGUCACCACGGUGAUCGCGCCGCUGGCGGCGGUCUUCCUGGCCAUGGUGCUGAUCCGGCGUGCACUGAGUGCCAGCCAGAAGAAGAAGGUGAUCAUCGCGGCGCUGCGCACGCCGCAGAACUGCAUCUCCAUCCCGUACGUGUCGCAGCGCGAGGCAGAGCUUCACGCCACGCUGCUGGCCGCCGUGCUGGCCUUCACGCUCUCCGCCGUGCCCUACGCCACGCUGGUGGGCUACCAGGUGCUGGCGCUCGGCGCCCAGGCCCGCGCGGGGCAGGGUGGCAUCGGUGGCCCGGCGGUGCCCGCCGCCCUGCGGCUCACGGCCGCCUGGCUGCCCAAGCUGUCGUUGCUGACCAACCCGCUGCUCCUCCUCACUGUCAACCGCUCGGCCCGACACUGCCUGGCUGACCUGCUGGUCCGGGCGCACCGGCGCUGCAGCCGGCGAAACGCCGUGAGCACCGCCGGACUCGGGGAGGUGGGCAGCGCGGGCGGCGCCGGCGUGGGAUCGGGCGGCGAGGCGGCGGCCCGCUCGGGCAGCCAGCUGCUGGAGAUGUUCAACAUCGGGCAGCAGCAGAUCUUCAGGCCCAGCGAGGAGGAAGACGAGGAGGAGGAGGAGGAGGAAGGGAGGCACGAGAUCCCGUCUGUCGGCUCCGGAGGAUUCCAGCACCGAUUCGACGAGACGGCGGCGGCGGCUGGCAGCUCGGGGAGAGCAGCGGCUUCCGUCGGACCGGAGCUGACCCAUCAGCACCAGCUGCACCCCGCCACAGGGGCGCGAGAGGUGGGCCUGCCUCCGCCCAAGUCCCCUCCCGUCCAGCAGAGCUGCGCCUACUCCUCCUCACAGGUGGCCCCCGCCACCCCCACCGAGCCCGAGGAGGCCACCCAGUUCGGCUUCGGACCGUUUGAGCUGCCGCCGCAGUGGCUGCCUGAGACGCGGAACAGCAAGCGCCGGCUCCUGCCCCCGCUGGGGAACACGCCGGAAGAACUCAUCCAGACCAAGCAGCCGCGCACGCGACCUGAGCGCCGCAUCAGCCGCAACAACAAAGUCAGCACUUUCCCCGUCGUGGACCCCUGAUAGGGGGACCACAAAAGACAAGACUGCCUGAAACAGUCGACUGACAUGAUGACCGGAAUUAAAGACAUAUAGACUGAUUGUCCUGUGUGCCAAAACCACCAAAACCAUCAGAGCAACAUCAGAGUGCAUCUGAUUUUUGAAAGAAAAUACUCAUCUCACGUUUCUAUUUUGUGCUGUAUUGCCCCUGAAGACCUUCUUUUCUAUGUAUUUUUUCAUCCUGAGGAGUGGAUUGAUUUCUACCGAUAACUAGACUGCUGGAAGAUGUUUGAGCAUUUUGUUUGUGCACUGUUCAAAUUAACGAGAUCAAUAGGACCAAGCUGAUCUCCUGACUGACCAAAUCUGCCAAUAUUGUUUACACCACAAGCACAAGCAUGGAAAAAAGAUGCGUUUUGAUCUUAUUUCAAUCUCAGAAAACGCACAGAAAACGCACAAUCGUGUUCUAGGACAUAAUCCGAAAAACAAAAAAUUAUUUGGUCUUACGAUCCUCUCAAAACCGUUUUUUUUUUCUUUCAACAGCCAUCAUCACCAUAUUUGUCUGAAUUGUACUUUGCCAUAUAUCCAGUAAUGUCUCAGAGUGGAAAACAUCAAGAACAGUUUGUAUAGUAUCUACUAUUGCUGACAUGGCAUAUUGUAGCACCUUGAGCCUUAAACCUGGACCUGGCUAUGCAGACAGAAGAAGUAUAGCAUAUGCCCUCUUUACCACAUUUUGCUUGGACGGUUCAGUUGUAAUUCUUUCCAACAGUCUGUGAUCAUGAAUGAGAAUAUAAUAAUGCAUUUUCUAUAAGGUCUGUGAACUCCUUGCUCAUUUAACCAAUAGGUAUAACUGUAUGGAGUUUAUAGUGCAGGCGGUUUGCUUUUGUACAUCUUGAAGAAAAAAGUAACGAUUUAUAAAUAUAUAAAUGCACUAAUAAAAGAUCUUAUUUUGCAUAGCAUAGAAAAAUACAGAUAAACCGUUUUCUCUCAAGGCCAUGAAAUAUUAUUCAUUCAAAUUAGUCAUUCAAAUUAAUUUGUCAUUCAAGUUUUUUAACAAAUGUCUUUACAUGAAUUUUCUCAGCAUUGCAAUUAAAUGAAGGACAUAUCUGUGACCAUGGCACACUAUAGAGUGCAGUGAUAUAUCAGGCCCAAGAAGAAUCAUCGGCUAUGCUUUACUUGAAGGUAUCUACACAAGAGUGACAUGAUGACACUGUCAUGAACGUGUCAAACAUUAUAAACAAGUCAUAGAUGUUUAUGACAUAACGCUUCUAUCAUUAAAUGUCAUUCGGUUUUGGUCAUGACAAGUUAGGGUUAGGGUUCAUGUGUCAUGACAGUGUUGUGUGUUCAUGACAGUGUCAUAUCACUCUUAUGUAUAUGCCUUCAAGUAAAGUGUUACCGAAUCAUCUAUUACUGCUCAGGUUGGGAGUGUUUGUUUUCGUGUGUUUCCUGUUUGGAAUUCACAGCGCAUGGAAUGGAGGAAAGACACAUGCUGCUGCUGAGGAGCAGACAUCAGAGAAGCAUCUCAUCUCAUCUGAAUCAAAUGAACUUUUCAAUCUAUGUUGGAGGGAUGGUUUUAUUAGUGCAAUUGAACCACUAAGAGUGUCUGCGUUUGAAGUUCAUGGAAAUAAUAUGUUUAUAUUCAUCAUCAAUUGCAACGAUGACUUGCCAAAACAAGAAGAAAAAGUGCGUCCUGUAAAGUUUCAGAAAGGUGCUUUAAAACUUGGAGUUUUACUCUGAAGUCAUAUCAGUGUCGAACAUGAGAUGUGUGAAGGCUAUAGUACUAAUGCUGUGCUGUUUGCACUCACGCAGGCGUGAAGAGAAGCCUGUUCGACUACAAAUAUUUGUUUAGCUGUAAAGCCACCCGCUGCCAAUGGCAGGAUGCCGUCCUCCCAUGCUCUGGCACAGACGUCUCUUUCAUCUACCAUCUAGAUCUAAGUCUAAACAACAACAUGCAUUAUUUAUUUUUAUUUAGAAAUAUUGUGCCACACAAACAAUGAAAACCAAUAAAUCUCCUAGUACAACAUAACAUUUUUGUGCUUCCAUGUUUUAGAUGUCCCUUUAGUCAGAAAUAGAAAUAUAAUCUGUUUACUUCUGCAAUUUAGCAACAUGUUUUUUUUUUUUCCAGAAGGAAAUCAUCAC